AUGAUAUAUCUGUUUCUGAUCGGUGUCUUCUGUGGAAAAGAGCUGAUCAACAGGCUGAGCGUCACUGAAAAGGUCUUUGAUUACGGUGGUACUACACUUCGCGUGGACAAGUCUGAAUCCUCAGAUGCACUUCCAGAAUACAAAAGCUUAUCGUAUGUCGCAAGAGAAGACGACAAAGGCGGACUGGCUUUCGAGUUCUUUACAAACUCAGACAACCUUAAGCUAGUCAAAAACGAUGCAACGCCCAACACCAUAGAGCUACAGUACAUGCCCUAUAAAGAAGACAACGCAAUCAUAAUAUCUUCGGACGAUCAUCGAAUUAGAAACGCAAAGCUUGAUGGCUUUUACAAACAAGGUAGCCAUUCUGCAAUUCUAAGCUUCUCUCUCUAG